UAUUGAAGCUACGCGGUCUUUACAUAGUGAAAGAAGAAACAAAGAAAAACUCCAAAAUGAAGUUCUUGCUUUUGACAAUCUUUGUGUGCUGCGUCCUUUUCUGCGCCGUCAAUGCUGUGCCUGUGGAGGAGGCCAUACCUGAGGGCAUUGAGGGUGCUCGCGACACUAUUGAACCUACCGAUGAUAAGAGCGUUCUGUUGAAGCUGAAGUUGCUGAAGAAGUUGUUGUUUUUGGGUUAAUCCAAUGCCAUCAUGUAUACAGUUAUUUUGUAAGAUUAAAAACUAAGAAACAAAAAUCAGCCAUAUCACACACACCAACAUCCUAUUUUAACGAUCCUUUAUUAAGCUAUUAGCUACGAUAACGCUAAGUAAAAUUUUUUGGACAUCACUUCAAAUACUCUAAAUAAUAUACUAUU